AUGGCCAGUAAUCCACGAAGAACUCCCAGAGGGCAAAGCGGUCUGUCCUGUGUCAGAGAACCUUUCCUGCAGAUGGUCCACUCCUAUGAGUCGCUCCUGACCUUCCAAACAUGGGCUCAGCAUGACGACUUCCUCCUCCCCAGUGAGUCCUGUGAGUUGCCUGGUUUCACCCGGCAGGCCUACCACCAUCUGGCCCUGAAGCUGCCACCCUGCACAGAAAUUAAGUCCAAGGUGCGUCAACGCCUAAUCUACCCUGCUGAGAAUGCAACCCAGCACACCUGGGGCUUUCACACGUGGCUUGAUGUGGGGCGCUUGCCUGCCACCUUCCCCACUCGGCCUGAUGUGCCCUAUGAUAGCAAUGUCUGGCGCUGGUUGACGAACUCCAGGGCCCACCACCAGCCCCCAGCGAAGCCUCCCAUUCCCCCUCCCUCCCGGAUGGGUAAAAACAACUUCCUGACCUUCAUCUGCUGUACUCCCAUCUUCGUGGAUGCGAAUAGGAAGAACCAGGUGAUCCUCAGGACGGUGAAGGAGCUGAAGGAAGUGGAGAAACUCAAGCUGAGGAGUGAAGCCAGAGCACCUCCACUCAAUGUCCACGGCAACAUCCUGCCUCCAGAGAACUUCAAGAAGUAA